GCACUCUUGGCAUCCGGGAAUAUCCUUCUCAGCCUCUUCAUUUUAGCCGGCUCUCCGGGGAAGAGUUUCCAAGUUUUUAUUUUUUUUUCAGGCUGUGAGCUUCGCCUGGGAGCUGCUGUCGCCAGUGGCCUGGAAGGUGGCGGAACUGCGAGUUCCAGCCGACGUCCGAUUUCCAUUCAGCGCUGCACAGCAGCUUAAAAGCGUCGGCAUUCAGCCAUAAGGGCUCAAACGACGUCCAGUUGGAGGCCAGAACGGAUCGUUCGCCGGUUCCCAGAAAUACAACUACUACUAAUCGCAUUCCCCAGUAGUUUCAGCUGAAAAAAUAAGGAACCCCAGUGAAAAAACUGAAAAUACUGUGCAAAAAAUAAGAAAAGAAGAAAACAUGUCGCUAAUACCUUUUAUACUCGAUUUGGCCGAGGAGCUGCAUGACUUCAAUCGCAGCAUGUCCAUGGAGGUGGAUGAGGGCUUUGGAGUGUAUCCAUUGGACGCUUCGCCGGCGUCACACAUGCAUCCACAUAUAAGUCGACGAGGCGGGGCCGUCGGCGGCAUUUCGGGUGGGGCCAUGAUGUGGGUGCCCAUUAAGGGCCAGCAGCAGCACCAGCAACAGCAGCCGCAGCAUCAGGCGUCGACGCAGCGCCACCAUCCGUAUCGGGUGGCCGGAGCCAAGACCAUCUGCUGCAAUCGGUCCCUGCUGGACCUGGAAAAGGAACUCGCGGAGAAGAGUGGUAGCACUGGAAUGAACGUCGGAACUGGAACUGGAAGCGGUGUUGGAAUCGGUAUGCAGCCGAAGCCGACCAAUUCCGCCUACUCCGUGCUGAACCGUAAUGGCUUCCAGGUGAGCAUGAACGUCAAGCAGUUCACCGCCCGUGAGCUGACUGUGAAAACCAUCAAUGACUGCAUCGUGGUGGAGGGCCAGCACGAUGAGAAGGAGGACGGGCACGGCGUGAUCUCGCGCCACUUCAUCCGCAAGUACAUGCUGCCCCGGGGCUACGAUCCUGCCGAGGUCCACUCAACACUGUCCACGGAUGGCAUCCUAACGGUGAAGGCGCCUCCGCCACCGCCGCCCGUCCCCAGGCCGGGUGUGGAACGACUAGAGCGCAUGGUCGACAUCCAGCAGAUUUCCCAUCAGCAGCAGCAGAGGGAUGCGCAGCAGCAGCAGCCGGUGCAAAUGUCGGCAGCAGGGGCAGCCAGUGCCCCAGCUCCCACACCCACUCCCUCGCUCUCGGUCUCUCUCGCCGAGAGCAACGGCAACGGGCCGGAGGAGACAGAGACGGAGACAGAGUCGGCGGAGGCAACUGCAGCUCCCUCUCCCUCGCUCUCUUCUGAGGCUGCUGCUGCUGUUGCUGCAGUGGAAAGCACUUCCAAUUCCAGCACUGAUUCCACUGGCAACAAUGGCGUUGACGAACCAGAGUCCAUGGAAGUGGCCGAAAAGAAGGAGGAGGAAGAGGCUGCCAAAGAGGAACCGGUACCGACACCUACUCCCACCCCGGCUGCCGUGGUGAGCAGCAGCGGCGCCGAAGAGCCAACGAAGUCGGAGGACGCUAAUGCCAACGAUGUGGCCGUGGCCUCGAAUAAUGGCAAUGGAGCAGCUACUGUUCCAGAUGCCGUCGAGGACGUAGAGAUGCCGCCGGUAGCGCCAGGUGAUAACGAGAAGUCGGACAAGGAGGAAAAGUCCUCCGGUAAGGUAGCCUUGGUAGGCGGAGAGGAGCUGGCCGCCGUGGAUGCGGCCAUUCUCCAGGCGAAGAACCAGGGCGAAAACGGAGCCACUGCCACAAAAGUCGAGGAGUUGGCCAAGUGAAGACUGAAAUAAAUAAAAAAUAAAAUUAAUGAUAUAAGAAAAUAAUAACCUGCACGAGUAUGUGUGCGUUUUACUCCAUAAAUGUUUCAUGUUUUUCUUUUUCACACACACACGAAUGCAGACUAGAAAUUACGGUAAAUAGGAACUCAAUUACUAAACGAUCUUGAGAUAACGAAAAAGUAUGAUUUCCUAAAACCAUAUGUGACAACAACUACAAGUAUUCCAGUAAAACUUAAAGCCAGAAACAGAAAUUACAUGUACUAAACAAUAAAGAGGAUAAAA